UGGCCAGACAUCCCUAUAUAAACUCUGUAAGUCAGCAUUUUUUUAACUCUUGCACUAAUGUAUCUUCCUCGUGUUACACCGUUACUGACGCUCUGUGGCCUGGUUGUCGCCGUGCAGUCUUCAAACUCCUCGUCGGUGACCGGAGAUUCACGAUGCGGCCAAUACAUGUGUGUCAAGGCGACCGUGAACGAAACUACGGUGCAAUAUGCUUUAUCGAGCACGGGUUCCCGCACCGCGGGGUGGAUGGGCAUAGGAUUCGGGAGCCAGAUGGACAACACGCAAAUGGUCAUCAUGUGGUCCAACAGCGAUGGAUCCAUAACGUUAUCUCAACGCCUGGGAGACGGCCAUAAUCUGCCGCGGGUCGACAGCAGCCCUGACCGAGUCGCAACCCUCGUCGAAGCUGAAAGUUCUACGUUGACAUCAAAUACUACAUUCACAUUUACUGUCGACACAACGAAUGCUACGACGCAAAGAAUAAUUUUUGGAUUUGGAUCCACCAAUCCUGGAUCCUCUAGCGUUGACGCUGACCUUGCCGAGCAUAUUAGUUAUGGCAGUUUCGACCUGAAUCUAAACGGAAACAUAACCUCCCGUGAUCCUCUAGAGUCUUACGAACGCAUGCUUAUCGCGCAUGCCAUCCUUUGCAUUCUGGGCUUUCUUCUAUUUCUACCCUUUGGGUCUUUACUUGCCCGAUAUCUCAGAACAUUUACUCCAAAAUGGUACACAGGCCACUGGAUUUCUCAAUUUGCUCUCGCGGGACCUCUCAUUACUGUGGGGUUUGCCUUGGGCGUGCAGGGCGUGAGUUUACAGCAUGUACCUCAUCUCGACGACGAUCACCAAAAAUGGGGGGCCGGUAUAUUUGUCCUUUACUUGGCGCAAUGUGCUAUAGGUGCUUUCAUUCACUGGGUAAAGCCCAAGAAACGUCUUGGUCGUCCGCCCCAAAAUUACUUCCAUGCUGUCCUUGGAUUGAUUGUCAUCGGUCUGUCAUUCUACCAAGUUAGGACAGGGUAUGUGAGCGAAUGGCCUAAUACUACUGGCCGAGGAACUGUUGCAAACGGUGCGAACAUUGUAUGGUAUAUAUGGGUUGUGUUGUUGCCGGUUUUAUACUUGGCCGGGUUGGCGUUUCUACCUAAGCAAUAUAGACAAGAAGCAAAUGCUAGAAAAGAACGGAUCAACUCGGACGAGAAUCUAAUGAACCUCGUUCCACAGCACUAUCACGAUUGAGUUUGGAGGAUAUGGAAUGUUUUAGAUUUCGGCGCUGAAAGUCGGUCGCCAUUUGGGUUUCUCGUAUGGACUACUCAUGUAGAAUAUAAACCUGUAGAUUCUGUUGCUACUAUGUCGCGUUUUGCCUGCAUUUACCAAAGACAAUUUCCGUUACUCAUUUUGUUUGAGUCUAACCCCGUGAUUCUAUGGAUUAAUGUUGU